UUAACACAGUCCAUCAAGCCUCCUGUCCUUUCAAACUGAAACUGAAUGAGGAGGUACCCGCUCUAGUUGAAUUUGAGGUUACAUGUGCAAGGUAACAUUCGCAACGUAUGUAUUUGGGAUUUCUAUGUUUCUUCUUUUCAUUACUCGGACUCAUAAAUUCAGUCCAACCAACACCAAAAGUGUAUAAUUUGCAAAAUCAUAUGAAAAUUUUUACCUUUAACCAAGAAUCAUUUGUGAUAUGUUCAGAUAUGGUUGUGUAUCGAGAUUGGCCUUAUAUGAUUUUCGGCAAUAUCCUUAUAAAUAUUGGACUAAAAACCACGGUAAAUUUUGGUUCAUUGGAGCCCUCCUACAAAGUUCACACUGAUUGGACUGAACAACUGGAUGCAAAACCCCUAAAACUCGAUGAAGAUGACAGCGGCUUUUCAGAUGCUUCAGUUUCAAAUAAUUUGCAUGACAAGAUGAACAAAAUUAUGUUUUCAAACAAUUCCAGAGUCUUUUUAACGCUCUCACCUAUCACUAAAACCUGCUUUAUGAUAUUUGACAUAAAACCUAAUUAUAUGGAUUCGGGAUAUUUGGAAAUUCAUUCAAACCUUGAGUUUGAUAGGAGUCGAUUGAUUCUAUCUGUUGUCGGGCUCUUAAUGCUUAUUUGUUCAGAAUCAAUAGCCAACUCAAUUCUUUUCUAUUAUAUAUCUGGUACUAGUAUCGUGUUAUUUUGCAGUAUUAUAUUAGUCCUUAUUGUCUUGAUAAAAAUGAUGCCGAUGCGCCGAGCAGGAGCUGUCUUACAAAGUGUCGUCUUUCUUUUUAGUGGCACGUUGGGUUUAACCUUUUUCUUCAUUGAUUAUUUACGCUCUGUUGUCGUACGGGUUGUGGUUUCAAAAUGGGAAUUCGUAUUUGGAUACGUCCUUAUUGUCUCAGUAUGCUCCCUUGUAAUCUUGUACUGGUUGCGAAUACCAGACAGAUUAGUAACGAAUUUUCCUCGAACAAAGAUUGUCACUACACUAUUCUUCCGCGUUGUUGGCAGCCUUUUAUUUGUGUACAGUAUGCGCCUACCCUCUAUUAGUUCGUCAAAUAAUGAUUCUUCAACACUUUUUAAACAUUACCUACCCUUUUCCUGUUCUUUUGACAUAUUAAACAAAUACCCAGAAACAUUUCUUCGGUCAUUUUUAGUUGUUUUUGUUAACAUUCUGUUCAAAAUAGUACAGAGUAGUCUUAAGUAUUCAUCUCUAAAACUUAAACACGCCUCUCAAAUGCCUAUUGAACACCAUAUCAACAGAGCUCCAAAUGCUCCUCGACAUUGCAUGGCUGGCUCCCCAUGUGCUGCAUCUUCUCCAUAUCAUCAUGCAUUUGGUUUUUCAGACCAAAAGGAUUCUCAUCUUGGGAUCUUUACACCAUUUGGAAACCGUAGCUUUGUGAAGAACAGUCAUUCAGAAUAUAGGGGAUGUAAUCCAUGGAUUCCAGAACCAUGUUCUAUAAACCGAAGACAAUCUGACGGCUCUCGGCGAGACAGUCAGCAUUUGCAUAAGAAUGAAAUACUAACUGAUGAUGAAGAUUAAUAUUUUUUUAAAUCAAAAUGAAAACCUGCUUUUAAACUGGUAAUAACUUAUGUUUUAUGUUAAUAAAUUUUCGACGU